AUGGCCUCCACCGCCUCAUCGCCGCCGUCCGUACAGCUGCUGCCGAGGCUGGACCACGGCCUUCCGGCGAAGCUCCGGCGGGGGAGGAAGGUAUGGCCUGGUAUCUUCUCGUUUAGUGCCGCCUAUGGAUCGCUCAAGGGCUGCCAUGAGCUUCUGCUGCCUUCGUUGCUCUCCGCCGCGUCGACCAAUUCCGGCGAGAGCGGCGGUAGGGUGGGGAGGAUCCUCUGCUUUGCACCUCAUCUGUGUGAGCCUGAAACAUUGGCGCUGGAUUGGAGCUCCGUCACCAUAGGGGAGGCACGAUCCGACGAUGAGCUACUGGCCUCUGUGCGUCUCCGCGUCCGCUCGUUCUACGAGUUUAACCAAUCCUACAACAUCGAGGUGAGUAACGUCGAAGCGGCCUCCCCCUUGGUGUUCAAAUUUUUUUGGAGAAAGGAAUUAGGUUCGAAGCGGCCCACCUAUUUGAUUUAUCUUUGUAGUUGCGAUGAUCUUCGUUGUUCUUUCUAUCGGGAUUCUGAAACCGAUUUCUCUGGAACCAGCGCCGAGUUAUGUAUGCUGAUGAUAUUAUUCUGUGUCAAGUUGUGGUAGGGUCACAAGGAGUAUGUGGUGGAGCGGGAGUUCGAGGCUCUGAAAGAACGCGUAGCCGGAAAGAAGGUCGGCUUUCGAAGGGCUUCGUGCAUUAAUGCCACAUUACCAUUGUCAAAAUUUUCAAGCCGUGCUGAUGAUUUGUGCACUGCUUGUAAGGUAUGAAACAACUGGCCUUCCUUUCUUUUCCGCUUUUGAUGAUUUGUGACUCGGGUUUCUUCUUGGAGCAUUGGACUUGACAAGAAAACAUUUUCAUAAGCUUUCGGCAGCGUCUAUGUUGUUUAAAAACAAAAUGGCAUAAUUUUCUCUUGCAUAGUUUCAUUACUUAUGUAGAUCUCUAAAAGAAAAUCAAGUACAAGGCACUGACAGAACUGGAGAAAAAAAAUGAGACUUUCUGUUCUUGGCCUGUCCACAUUUUGAUUCCCAAGAUGCUGCUUUUGUUUCCAGUGAAGGAAUAUUUUACACAUGGGUAAAUCGGUUAUCAUGAGACAUGUCUUUCUAGAUUUACAAAUGACCAGUAUGGUUUCCUUAGAAAAAUCAAUUAAUUAAAUUCAAAUGUUUUUAUGAGCUUCGAGUCCAAGCUGUUAUAACACUGACCGCAGAGGAGUUGAAUCAGCUGGAAAUCACAUCAAAACUGCCCAAACAUGGCGGAUCUUUUUUUUUUCUGUCAAAACAAGUUUUCCUUUGCGAUCCCUGAAUUGGCUGAAUCAGGCUGAUCUGUGCUGAUCUGAAUCAGAUUGGGAUCAGGAUAUGGCGAAGGCUAUUCAAUUGUCUGAACCAAUUCAAGCUGCUUCAUACCUUCACAUUGAAACUCAGUGCUUAAGUGUUUCUUAAGUGUUUCUUCUUUUAUCUCUGUUAUUCAAUAUUCUGCUGGAGCUAUAAUAGUUUGCAUUUGGACUAUUUUUCGAGAGACCACCUUAAUUUUAAUAAUCUCUCGAAUAGCUCAGAAUUUGUUUAGAUUCUGCUGGAAACCAUGUCCCUUUCCCCUGUUCUCUUUAGUAUAGUGAUUCAUUAUUCGCCUAUGCCAUUUGAUCACACAUUCACAAAUAGGCGCUGGCGAAUCUCUUUGCAGUUUUAUGACAACGAAGAACAACGAGUAGUGAUUGCGACUUUGGAUCUAAACCAGUGUCUGUCUUUGGCAGAUGAGCUCACCGGCACGAGGCCCGAGGUACACACUGCUUCUUCACUUCCACAUAGUUCAUCUGCAACUUCCUUUUUACAAGGCGUAUGUAUCUCAUCUCCAUUCAGCUGAGAACAGAAAAACAGUACUGCCCCUUCUAGCCUCCCCUGUAAUCAUACUAUACUAUACACCUGUAUGCUUUUCGUGGAAACAUUUGUAUCAGGCUGUUAAAUAUGUCUUCACCUAUGAAAAAAAUAAAAUGUACUAUUUGAAGUUCGUCUCUAAGCGAAAGAUAUUGAACACAGGGCACUGGAAACGAUCUCCCACGGGCAUACCUGAGCAAUGUGUGUGUUGCCCAGGAGCUACAAAGAAAUGGCCUCGGGAAUGCCUUGGUACUGAGAUCCAGAAAAGUUGCCGAGGAGUGGGGUAACUUGUCGAUUCCCUUCAACUCUCACUCAUCAUCAUCAUCAUCAGCAGCAGCAUCAAAUUUUUCCAAGAUAUUGUCAUUUUUCGUGGGAAAAUAUGGUCGAUUUAAUUCAUAUAAAAAACAUAUUUUUCUCAGCCCAUAUCCUGCCCAGGCCAUCAAAGUUUCCCUGUCGGAUUCUGAGAACCGUGAUCUGAAAGAAACCCAACUGGGUCGGAACCCAAACCUACUCAGCUCAUCGUCCUGGUCUUCUUCAUACUCUAAUUCUCUCCUGGUUUCUUUCUUUCUUCUCAGGUAUCACAGAUUUAUAUGUUCAUGUUGCGGUUGACAAUGAGGCCGCCAAGAAGCUGUACGAGAAGACUGGCUUCACGUAUGAGAGCGAAGAGCCCGCUUGGCAGGCCCGAUUUCUGGGCCGGCCCCGGCGAUUCCUCCUCUGGAGCGAUCUAACGCGGGCCAAGUGA